GCGCAGAAUGGCUCAACCAUCAGCGACUGUCUCACAGCAGCCACGAAGUGGUAGUCAGGCUACAGUGAAUUCGCAGACGUACUCGUCGUCGGUGUCGGCAGAAUGUCCAGUACCAAUACCACCGACCCAGGCUCCAGCAAAUUCUUUUGAAGCGGAAGCUCAACCCAUGUUGACAGGAAGUUCAGGGCAAUCCCUUGCACCGCCUACGCCUGGAACACUGAUUUCAACUUCAGCAGAUGUGGGCACCACCCCUGUUUCUGUCCCAUCAAUACAUAUGAUUGAUACACAGACUAUAUGGUUGGUGGGUUCAUCAAUAAUCAAGCACGCCUUUUUGGAAGCUGUAUUAAGACCAGGUGGUACAAAUUUGACGCUAGAAAGAAAGCACAUCUCCCUGUGGUGGCAGGGUUAUAGUGGCCUCCAGUUAAGUAAAACAAGACAAAAGAUUAGAACUCUGGAAAAGGUGGGCCCCGUACCUAAUUGCAUUCUUAUACAUUGUGGGGGGAACGAUCUGGGCAAUGUAUCGAUCAGAAAAUUAAGGGUUGUGGCAAAGCAGUUGGUUUUAUUUUUAAUGAAUCACUUUCGAAACAUUAGGAUUAUAUGGUCAUUUAUCCUUCCUCGUCUUCAAUGGCGCUAUUCAGCAAAUUUAAAAGCUAUGGAAAAUGCACGCAAACGGGUUAAUUCUAAUAUAGCUGCAAUUGUCUUGCAAUCUGGGGGCGCAAUAAUCCGCCAUACAGACAUUAAACCUGAUCCGGCCUUGUUUUUACACGACGGGGUACACCUGUCCUCUUUGGGAAAUAACAUAUUUCUAAACUCUCUCCAGGGGGGACUUGAGGCUAUCGUUGCGCAUGGUCAAUCCUGUUUUCCUAAUUAACAAGGGUCCUGGGUACGGCUGUUCGUAUAUGCCGCUCUACCCCCACCAUGGUGGCGGAGUUCCCUGGAUGAGUUUCAUUCUGAUCCUCAUCUCAGGGAACUUGUGGCGUAUAAGCGGCAUUUGGUAAUAAAUAUAUUGUAAGCUUUGACCUCUGCACCUCCCAGGGUCAAUGCUUUCUAGAUAUAUAUGGUGAACUUUGAACUUGGAUGUUGUUGUGAACUUUGAACUUAUUUGAUUGCGCUAAAAUUUGAACUUUGAACUUUGAUGUUGUAUAAACUUUGACCCACCACUAUAUGAACUUUGACCUUUGGUCAUGACAUUGCUAUUUGAUUGUAUUUGAUGUUGAAUGUUGUUUGUGCAUUUGAUUUGGGGCAUGCUCGUUGUUGGCUGCCCAUUACCCAUAUUGUUUGUUUUGUAUUUGAAACCAAAGUUAUUCAUAACAGCCGUGCCCAUAAUAUCGCCACACUUAAUAAAAUAAAUUUCAAGUUACCAUUCGUUUGAGUUUCACUUUUCUG